AACAGAAUCUGACGAAUGAGUACACCACUGGUCUGAGAGGAAAAUAACUCUGGGACAACAAAAACAGUAGGCUACACGAAAUGAGACCUAUCUAAACAGAGAUGUGUUCGUUUUCGGGAGCCGAUUAGAAAAACUAACAUUCCAGAGGCGACGUGAGUAAAGAAUAAAAAACCAAGCCUACAAAAGUAUUGAAUGUGAGAGCGCUAGACACCGUUUUUAUUCCAUGGUGCCCAGUGGUAUUUAUUUACGCCUGGGGGAGGUGGUUAAGAUGUUUGCUUUGGAAAUUCGUUCUAACAACUGCAAGAAAGUGUUCGGCAAGCAAUCUAGUAGCUAGGUGGCCGUAUUCAGUUGCGCCUUCCGUUUCUUUAACUGGACGUCUAUUCGGGAUAUUUUUUAAGAACGGAUUUUGCCAUCACCCGGUGAUGUUUCACUGUAUACCUCUGUGGCGGUGCAACCGUCAUGUUGAAUUGAUCGAUAAGCGGCACUGCUCUCUGUUGUACGUCCCGGAUGAGAUCUACCGCUACAGUCGGAGUUUGGAGGAACUUUUGCUGGACGCUAACCAACUCCGCGACUUGCCCAAGCCAUUUUUUCAGCUGGUAAAGCUACGGAAGCUGGGCCUGAGUGACAACGAGAUCCAUAGGCUUCCACCAGAGAUAGCCAACUUCAUGCAGCUGGUAGAACUUGAUGUCUCUCGUAAUGACAUCAUAGAAAUUCCAGAGACCAUUUCUUACUGUAAAGCUCUCCAAGUAGCAGACUUUAGUGGAAACCCAUUAACAAGAUUGCCUGAGAGUUUUUCAGAGCUCCAGAAUUUAACUUGCCUUUCCAUCAAUGACAUUUCGUUGCAGAUUCUUCCUGAAAACAUUGGAAAGCUCUCCAACUUGGUGUCACUGGAACUCAGAGAGAACCUGCUGACGUAUUUACCAGAGUCACUAUCGCUACUUCACAGACUUGAAGAACUUGACCUGGGGAACAAUGAAAUUUACAAUUUGCCUGAAACAAUAGGCUGUCUUGUCAGCUUGAAGAACUUGUGGCUGGACGGAAARCAGUUGGCUGAAUUACCUGCAGAGAUAGGCAGCAUGAAAAGCCUCCUGUGUCUAGAUGUAUCAGAGAACAAGCUGGAGCACCUUCCAGAAGAGAUCGGCGGCCUGGUCUCCCUUACUGACCUGCUGGUGUCUCAAAACCUCAUCGAUGCUCUGCCAGAGGGCAUAGGAAAACUAAGGCGACUGUCUAUAUUGAAAGCAGACCAGAAUCGUCUUGCCCAGCUGCCAGAGAGCAUUGGCAACUGUGAGAGUCUCACUGAACUGAUCCUCACAGAGAAUCAGUUACAGAGUGUGCCAAGAAGUAUUGGAAAACUAAAGAGACUCUCCAACUUCAACUGUGACAGAAACCGACUAGCAUCAUUACCAAAAGAGAUUGGAGGUUGCAGUAGCCUGAAUGUCUUCUGUGUACGAGAGAACAGGCUUACAAGGAUUCCCUCUGAGAUCUCUCAGGCUUCAGAGCUGCAUGUGUUUGAUGUCUCUGGAAAUAGACUGCUCCACCUACCCAUAUCUCUGACCGCGCUGCGACUCAAGGCCCUGUGGCUGUCAGAGAACCAGUCGCAGCCUCUGCUCACCUUCCAGAAUGACAUAGACCCAGAGUCUGGGGAAAAGGUMCUCACCUGUGUGCUCCUGCCCCAGCAGCCUUUAGAACCAGAUAGUAAAGGCUCAGACAACCUUGCUCGCUGCGGUGCUCUGGAGAGCCUGGUGAAUGACAUGGUGGAUGACACCUGGGACGACAAGGCCACGAAGAGGAUCAGUGCCAUCCACUUCCUGGAUGACGAUGACGAGGAUGAUGAAAAGGGAAGGCUGAUGCGACAAGCCACUCCUCACCCAGGUGAGUUGAAGUCUAUGAAGAAAGCGGUGGAGAACCUCCGCAACGACCUGAACGCUGCCAAAGCUCUGGAUUCCAACAAAAACGAGGUCAAUAACACUACAGUCACCACGUCUGUGUGACUUCUACCUCAGAAACAUUCUGAUCUCCUGUGUCUCUCGCCAUGUUCUUCUGCACCACCACCAGAACCUACUUUAAUCCUACAAUCCCCUCCUGCGGCCUCCCUACCUAGCCCUCCUGCGGCUCAACCCUGGGACUCUGCUGUGAUCCUUUUGUCCAGUACCUUACUUCAUCUCCAAUACACACCAUGGUAUCUGGCUCAGACUACCAGGGCCCAUGUGCCUUCUUUUCAAACUGUUGUGCUAUAUUUUUUAACAUAGCAAAAAUCUGCACAGGUGUGGUCCUUUUCAAAGACAUUUUAAAAAUUGAGCUUUUUAAAGAUUUAUUUCUACGUUUCUUUUUAAAUGGACAAUAGGUAGUUGCACUACUGUAAGUCUMUAGUAUAUUAAAUAUUGUUGACAUCUUCAUAAAUAUUAUAUAUAUUUGUUUUAUUUUUUAGAACACUGGGUGAAUUUUUCUUUUUGAAGAUUUCGGGAUACUUGACCAACUGAUUUAAGGAUUAUUGUAUAGUCAUUUGUGAAUAUUGAUAAUUUUAUACUUUUUGGCAGCUCAGAUGGUGUGAAUUAAAACAAUGUAUAGCAAGUUUCUUAAUCUAUGGCAGAAUUGUUCGAAACGUUAUUACUUUGUACGUAUUUUAUUUCCUUUUAAGUAAAGAAAUGAACAGAAAUGCAGUUGCUAAUGUCUUAUCGAAACAAUGUAAUUGUCUUUGGGUGAGUAGACAGCCUCCACUCUUUUCUAUGCCAUUGUUUAACUUCUUAAUCAAAUCCUAAACUAAUUUUGAUAUAGACAUGUUUUGUAAUUUAAGGGCUAAUACAGUGAGGAACCACAACAGAUUGAGUGGAAGUGACAGGGCUGUCUUACUUUCUUUUAUUGCGCUUCACUGCUUUGAAAUAUUURCUUAAGUAGAUACUGGGCGGCAGGUAGCGUAGCGGUUAAGAGUGUUGGGCCAGUAGCRGAAGGGUUGCUGAUUUGAAUCCCUGAGCCGACUAAGGAACAAAAYAAAUCWGUGACCUUGAGCAAGGCCCUUAAUUGGUCCUCUAAGUCACUCUGGAUAAGAGCAUCUGCUCAAUGACUAAAAUGUAAAAAAUGUAAAUAUUUMAUCAGAAACAGCAGAAUCUCUUUCUCUUUAACAUAUGUGCAUUGGACUUUCAAUGGCCAAUUUCAUUACACGCAAAAGGAAAUGAGGACCAUGGUGGAACCUUUUGGAAAAUGCAGUUUAAGCAUGGACUCAUGCACUUACAGUUUUUUUGUGUCUUAAUAAAAACAGUUUGUUGUUCAACUGGUACACUAUAACAAUGAUUUACGUUUUUUUAUUUUAGUUGUAUUACCAGGAGAGGACCUUAUACAUUAUUUUUAUAUUUUCUUUAGUUAUCGAGCUGCACAAAAACACAAUCUCAAAUAGACACGGACACUGAGCCUACAGAUUUUGAUGCCUUUUACCCACUGAUAAAAUAAAAGGGGUUUAAAACUAAACAUGAUUCGUUAUUCUUUAAACACGUUUUAGUUUUUUUGUCCGUUAGUCUUGUGUUUCAGCCUCUAUGAAAAAUGUAGACCUUUAUAAGUUUUCACCAUCUCACAAUUGUUAACAUGUCUCAUACUGUAACUUAACAUGUCAAAUCAUAAACGCCAUGCAAUAAAACGUGUAUUUGCCUUUAAAA